AUGUGGAUACACCAGGAAGAGUUUCACGCUAUUGGACGGGCAAGAAAUGCAAACGAAGUUUUCAACACGGUGCACUCCUCCUUACGAAGUGUAAUUGAACGUACGUUCGGAGUAUGGAAAGCGCAAUGGGAAUUCCUGCAUAACAUGCCUCGAUAUGAUUUUGGAAAAGUGCAGGUGCCAUUGGUCGAGGCUUCAAUGGCACUACAUAAUUUUAUACGCCGUAACUCCAACAACGAUGAAGCGUUCAACAAGGUUGCGAAUGCAGAGAAUUUUACUUUCAACGACAUACGAAAUGUUGCGGGUGUUGGUGACAACGAUGAUGGUGAACCAGAGGGCGAUGAUGACGCACAUAUGAACGAAGUAAGAAAAUCAAUAUAG